AUGGAUAAAGAGGCCUUCACUGAUUCACUGCUGACCUCCUCAGUAUUUGGGCAAUCUGAAAAUCCUUUGUCCUGGCAUAAGCCAUCUAUUUUGAAGUUUCAAGCCCUAUCACAAGCAAAGAAAAACGAACCGACAAUGUCGAAACAAGAUUUUUUGAGCUCCAUAUUUGGCAAGGUCUCCUUGUUUAAGCAGCUUUCGUCCAAAGUAUUAGGGUUGAUUAUUAAAUUUUUUACUGGCAGGUAUUCUUUUUCGCACCAUGCAGACCAAGACGUUGCCGAAUUCAAUGUGUUUUCCAUUUCCAAGCGCAUUUUAAUUAUUGGGCACAAUUCCUCGUUUGAAGAUCAAGCAAAUGAUGUUGACAUUCCAAAUGGACACCUAUUUAACGUGUAUGGCGGCCAUUAUUUUAUCUGGAAUCUUUCAUCCCUGCUUGUGGAGGAGUUUUGUGUUUGCUUUGACCCAUCGAGGAUUGCCCACUCGUUUUCAGAGGCGUUGGGAGAUCUGUCCUGGAUGCCUCCUUUGAGACAAACUGUAUUUGAGUUCGUACAGGCGAUGGCCUGCUGGCUGAAGCUCCACGACUCCAAUAUUGUUGUCAUUGUUUGCAAAGAUGCUUUGCACAGGUCCGGUAUUGUAUUGGAUUCCGUUUUGGAUUCAUAUCGAUUUUUCCACCAACGCCGCUUUCCCUAUGCUAUUUGUGCUUCCGAUGCAUCUUACGGAACUCCAUCGCCCUCUUUUGGACGCUCAAUGCUUUAUUUUGAGGAUUUUGUUUCCAAGCCCGCUGUGCGUGAUGAACCAAAAAGAAUUCAAUUGCGGCAAAUCAUCGUUAAUACCAUCCCCAAGUUUGCGUCGGGCAACUUUUCACCGGGCAUUGCGAUCUUUCAAAAUGACAGGCUGAUUUACAACAGCUUGAUGGUGGACGUCGAAUACAUUACGGAUUGUAAAAUCAAAGAAAAGACCCCUGUUUCUUUUGAAAACCGUUGUUCGUUUGAUGAGAGCUCUACCUUUGCUAGCUCCUCUGAAUUGUUUAACGGACUUUCGUCUUCAAGCGGCUUUGGUUUGUGCGGAAAUCAAGAUUCUUCGUCGUCUACCGAUGAUCCACCGCGCACGUCGUCUUCUGGACAUUGCGCCUCUAACCGCGUUAAAGACGAAGAUUCGUCGAGCGCGACUAGUGGAUUCAUCGAUCUGAUUCCCAAAAGUGGAAAAUACGUGUUCUAUCAAGAUACAAACCACAUCAUCUUCAACUUUCAAGAUCCUAUUUCCAUAUCUGAAGACAUCUAUUUUCGUUUGUUUCACAUACCCGACGAGUCCAUCAAGGAUUUCCAUCUCUCAUACAGCCAUACAGUUACUCUGAUUUCAUUGUAUUUCAACACGAAUUGGAUCAAUUCAGAGCUGACUAGAUUUACCUUGGAAGAUUUGGAGGCCUCUGGUCCCAAACUUGGCCAAGAUUUCUCGAUUGAUUUUGUUUUCGAAGAUGUUGAACCGUCGCCAACUUAUAUCGCCACUGAGGGUGGCGUGUGUUCUCGCUCCCUUGAAUCUGAAAUCAAUUCGUUGUCUUUGAUGAUAGGAAUAGUUCCGGAGUCGAUUUUUUUAGAGUCUCUUGUGAACCAAGGGAUCCCUCGUUCGCUUGGGCUGAAAAUCUUUGGAAACAAUUUAUUCUUGGCACAUGAGCUUGUGUUUCAAUUUUGCCGUCAAAAGCCAUUUUUGGAUAGCUUUGGUGAUGUGAUGUCAAAUGGCAGCCAGAAGCAGGACGAUCAGCCCCAUCAGGGUGUUAUGAAAACUGAUCAAUCACAUAACCAGGCAGACGCCCUUUCUUUUGGAGAAAAAUGUGCUUCAAGUGUCACAUUAAAAGAUCCACCGAUGCCCCCGCCCCUACCUUCAUUUGCAAUCUGCCGUCAAUCAAAUGCAAACCCCUCUUUGCUACAAUUUUCAACCAGCGAUCCAGCUAUGGACUCUUUAUCUUUAAAAGCAACAACAACAACAACAUCAUCAUCAUCGUCGUCGUCAUCGUCGUCAUCAGGAGCUAUCCCCCCCUUACCCCCUCCAUUGCCUACAAAGACGACACCCCCCAUUCCCCCUCCACCUCCACCUCUAAAAGAAAUGGGCGCUAAGAACAAACCUCUUUUUGGAAGCGAUUUUUCCUUGAAUAAGCAGUCGCCUAUUGCUUUUCAAGAAGGCAAAGAGAGAUUAGAGGCUCCAAAGGUCUCGAAAAGCUUUUUGGAUUGGAAAGGAAUGUCAUCUUCCGAAAUCAGAGGGACCAUCUGGGAAGAUAUAGGCAACCUAAACAUUGAAUCCUCCCUCGACAAAGGCACAUUUGAAGGUAACAACAUCAUUCUCAUCAAUGUAGCUCUUUUCUGCAUUGACACAUCCUUGACGCUCAAUCCGAAAUCUAGUCUUUAUCGAACGAAAAGCUUUUCUGAUUCAUCGCUUUUGGCAAAUAACAUCGCAAUCGGCUGUUCAAGGCUAUACAAAAGAUUCCUGGGUGCUGAGAAUUUGGUGAAAGAACUAUAUUCAAAUACCUGCAGCAUCACUUUGGAUGAUCUUCUUGCUUUAAAACCCUUGCUUCCACUACCUGAAGAAAAAAGCAUUUUCCAGCUGGCAGCUAACACUCAAAAGUGCAACACAGGCUCUCCUGCAGAAUCUUUUAUGAUAGCAACGAGCUCCGCGCCUGCGCUAAAUUGGGUUGUAGAUGCAAUGAUUAUGCAGAGACAAUUUGAUUCGGAAUGCUCCGAAAUCAUUCGGCUAUUGUCGCUGUUGAAAAAUGCACUGCUUGUUUUGAAGAAAUCUUCAACGAUCAAGUUGUUGAUGAAGAAUAUCUUGGAUGGCUGUCAAUUGGCAACACUCGAGUUUGGGCGCUCAAAAUCUCAAAAACAGCAAAUCUUGAUGAGAGGUGCAACAAAGGGGGUCAGAAUCUCCUCCCUUUCUAGGCUUUCUGCAUUUCGAUCCGAUAGCGGACAAAAAACCCUGCUACAUUUCAUUGCCGAGUCGUUAAACGACUCUUCCAUAGCUGAGCUCAAGAAAAUUCGUAGCUUAGUUUCGGAAAUCAGAGGCACCGAUUCUACUUUUCUUCGCGAAUCCAUACGCGAAUUGAACCUUAGCAUCGAGAAGAUCAAAGAAGGGCCGGACACCGGUGAAAGUGGUGAGAUGGUAAGUCAAUUUCUUGCUGCCAUCAACAUAUGGGCAGCUGAAAAAUCCCAAAAACUUACAGACUUGUGGGACUUGUUUGAAAAUUUUAACACCUUGUGGGAGGAGGUUGCCGUUUAUUUUGGAGAACAGUGUUUUCUAAACUCAAGCACCGAAUUCGAGGCUCCACCAAACAUACAAAACAUUACGCUAGAAGAGUUUUUUAAGCAAUGGGACGAUUUUCUUAAAGAGCUGCUUGAUGCACACUUCCAUUUGGAAUUAGAAAAGUGGCACCCUUCAGCUCAGCGAUCAUCGGGGCAUUAUGGUGACCAGCAAUCUUUGUACAAAAUGCUUUAA